AUGAAGCAGAGCCUCAUUACAACCGGCCCUGAGCAACCAACUCCCCCCUCCUCCCACCUUUUCUUGCCUCAUCCCACCGCACCCAUUCAGAAUGCCGGUGGAUCCCAACAAUGGACGAACUUAGAUCUCUUUGUCGAGUGCCCACCUCCGGAGACACAAGAAGCAAAUACCAGCAGGUAAGCGACCCGACCCACUUACCCGCUCCCCGCUCAACCAUCUACUUGUGAUAUAACUGACCAACUAACCAGAAGUCAAAAUCACACCCCUCAGAUCGAAGCAAAUCUUACCAAACUCACCCUACUACUAGACACGGCUCCGGACCUUCUCGCCUCCGAGGAGCUCCGGCUAUACCUUGCCACUAUCCUCCAUCCACCACAUGACCUCCUCCCCGUCGAGCAGCACUUCCGGGAGGAGGACGACGUCAAGGAUGAGUUUGCGCGCGGCCAGACCGCCUGGUACCCCUUCCACAGGGUCUCCGAAAAAGCGCUAAUGCUUCUCCACUCUUCGCUCUCUCUCACGCCGCCCCCGUUGGCAGCACGGUCAAAGAUCGCUAUCGCAGCUAUAACAUACACCAAUCUCGAUGACCCAUGGACUUGCUCCACAUCCCACCAACUCUCCGCGACUCUCCGAUCCUCCGAUCCAGGACUGAGCUCCGCACAAACCCUCUCGACAAUCCUAGCGACCACUAUAAAACCCUUAUUCAAAUCUCCACUCACCCCCGCCAGUCGUCCUCCGCAGCGCGAAUCUACGAAUAAAGGCGCGGCAUUGCAGACACCUACUUGGCCCAGGGAGUUACCGCAAGCCAUAACUUUACUAUCCUACAUAACGGCACAUUUAUCCACCGAUACACUGGAGGGCGCAUGGCCAUUGCUCAUACCCCCGCUCCUGGGUAUCCACGAUGGCACAAACCCCGGACACAAAACCUCCGCGAGCAAUCUACUUUCCGCUCUGCUACCGAAACUACCCAACGGGCUACUGGUGAGGACUGGACUCGCGCCGGUUCUGCGUGACGCACUCAUGCCUGACUUGCUCCUUCUGCCACCUUUGACCCCGACAAGGUAUUCGGUGCCGUUGCUACGCGCAACAUACCAAGUCUUGAGAACCCUCGCUCGGAUAUCCACCACGGAUAACCGCCCCCGGGCGGAGCAGCUGGAUGCGAUAUUUCGCAAUGGCAUUGUCCGGGGCUUCACUUUUGCCGGUGAGAAUACACAGAUCGCAGAGGAGCUCAUGCGUCAAAUAUCCGCACUGGCGGUGGAAAUGAGGGUUUACGCGGCGAGGCAUUUGGGCAAUCUGGUUCAGAUUUUCGGCACUAUUUUGGGCGAUCCGUUUGUUGGGCUUGCCCGGGGUUUGUUAGCCGCCACGCUAGAUGCUGUAGAGGCUGUGGUAGGGGCUUGCUGGGUCAGAAUUUGUGGGUACGUUCCUGAGAUGUUGAAGGCUAUAACGAGCUGUUAUGGGGCAGUUUGCGGGAAAGGUGAGGGGAAGGGGGGAGUUGAGGUGGUUGAUAGGUUGAAGAAGAUUGUUAGUAUUCUAAGGGCUGUGAUGGCAGCAGAGAAGAGGGAGGCGGAGAUGACCGAGUUGGAGGAAAAUAUUGUCCAAGCGGACGGGAGAUUGUCUGGGUUGUUCGACUCCGGAUGA